CUUUGGAGUUACAACAUGUACACCAAAUAUCAAAAUGGGGCACAUCAAUAUUAGUUCAGCUGGCAUUUCAAAUUCAAUGAUGAUAAUUUCUGGUGGAAAAAGAUGAUUUUGGAUAAUGGGUUUUGUUCAAACUUCCAACCUAAUCAAUUAUAGGAAAACAACUGUAAAUACCAACUACUUGAAAUAGCAAAAGCUAAGUCUCUAUUACUCUACGGAUAUCAAAAUCACUAACCAUUUUGACUGAUCAUACUUCAACUAAAGCAAUUUCUUGAUCAAGAGGAGUUUGUGAAGAUGGAGACAUACAUUUAAAACUCCAAAAUUGCAUGUAGUAUCAAAGAGACGACGCGAUUCUUUGCUUUGCAACAUGGUUCUUACUGCAGUCUUGAUCCUCGUCUCUCUUUCAAGCGUCGUCUGUUUGAGUUUUGAAGGCGGGGAUGUAUCUGCAGUCGGGGAUCCGGGCAUGAAAAGGGACGCCCUAAGAGUGGCGAUAGAGUCGUGGAAUCAAUGCAACGAAGUCGGAGAGGAAGCACCUAACAUGGGAAGUCCAAGAGCAGCUGAUUGCUUUGACAUAUACAAAGCUUCUCCUCAACAAGGAGAAGAUCAGUGCUCACUCUGCAGCCAAGUGCCGUACGUGCUCGUGCACCGUGUCACGGAGGAGGAAAACCGGCUGGGAAUUGGGCAGCCAUUUCUCGGAGUCGAUCAAGAUUCACUCACAAAUGUUGACCUAUAUGCAGCUGAGAAAGAGCUCUAUUUAGGGAGUAAAUGUCAAGUAGAAGACAUACCCAAUCCAUGGCAGUUUUGGAUGAUCAUGCUAAAAAACGGCAACAUGGAUACCUAUGCCGGUAGAUGCCCCCAAAACGGGCGAAAAAUAGGCCCUUACGGCCCCGACAGCCAGUUUCCUUGCUUCGGAAAAGGCUGCAUGAAUCAACCAUUGAUCUACCACGACUACACCUCGUUGCAAGGGCCUAACAGAACUCGACUGAGGGGCCGUUUCUACGGCUCGUGGGACUUGGAUUCAGAUCCUAGCAAAGGGAUGCAAGAAGGCAACUUUUCUUACCAUUCGGUUACUUGGGAGAAGGAGCUUGGGGAAGGAAGCUGGAUCUUUCACCAUGUUGUACGAACGUCCGUCAAGUAUCCGUGGCUGAUGCUUUAUCUGAGAGCCGAUGCCACCACCGGAUUUUCCGGUGGCUACCACUACCCUACAAGGGGAAUGAUGAAGAUAUUACCAGAAUCACCUGAUUUUGUAGUGAGAUUCAGUCUGAAUGUGAUUAGCAGCGGAGGGCCGAGCAGCCAGUUCUACUUGAUGGACAUCGGCAGCUGCUGGAAGAACAACGGGCAGCCAUGCGACGGGAACGUGACUUCAGACGUGACGCGUUACAACGAGAUGAUCUUGAAUCCGGAGACGCCCUCAUGGUGCCAUCCGGAGGACUUCAAACUCUGCCCACCAUACCACACUUUCCCAAACGGCAGCCGUGUGCACCGCAGUGACACCGCUCGUUUCCCCUACGAGGCGUAUCACCUGUACUGCGCCCCUGGGAAUGCGGAGCACGCAGAAGCACCCAACAUUGUGUGUGAUCCAUAUAGUAACCCUCAGGCACAGGAGAUUCUGCAGAUUGUGCCUCAUCCUGUUUGGGGUGAGUAUGGUUAUCCAACAAAGAAAGGGGAGGGCUGGAUCGGAGAUCCCAGAACUUGGGAGCUCGACGUCGGGAGGCUGUCGGAAUCCCUUUACUUUUACCAGGAUCCAAGCACUGCACCUGCAACAAGGCGAUGGACAUCCAUAGAUUUGGGAACUGAGAUUUUUAAAGCUCCCAAUCAAGUGGCAGAAUGGACUGUCACUGAUUUUGACAUUCUUGUACCCACAAUAUACUAGAGAGAGAGAGAGAGAUGAUUCAGUAUCCUAAGCAUAAACUUACUGUAUGAUCAUUCUUCAGAUUCAAUUUUCUUCAACUACCUGUACAGAUUGUAGGGCUGGCAAUUUCUUGUGUGUUGGGCCCUUAUCGUGUAGACACGAUGAGACCAAACACAAACAUGAUAAGGCUGGACACUAAUCCAUUAAUUUUGUUGCAUGUUUGUAUCUGUGUCUAAAAUUGCCAAAUAAAAUAAAAUGCAUAACUGUUUUAUCUA